ACUGACACUGACAGCCAAUGUCAAAACAUUUGGUUUGGUUGGUUGGUGAUGAAUUUCUGUUGAUGCAAUAUUUUAAUAAAAAUUGCCAUAAAAUAAGCAAAAUUAACCUGCGUGUGCGUGGAAGUCCUAGCUAUGAUAUCUUAUCGCCAGGUAAAUCUUCUAUUAAAGCGAAAUGUCGUGUAUCAGCUGUUGCGCCACUCUCACAGUGAUCUGCCUUCGGCGAGAUUAUUCCCGUUGAAGAAUAGAAAAUUGUUGAAAAUUCAGGGCAAUGAUGCACCUGUUUUUCUGCAAGGACUUAUUACCAACGAUAUGCGGCAUUUUGAAGAGGGAUCUAAAUCAAUGUAUGCCAUGUUCUUGAAUAACAAAGGUAGGGUUCUAUACGACACUCUGAUACACAAAUGGGAGGGCGCAGAAUCAUUUCUGAUAGAAUGUGAUGAAGAAGUACUUCCUAUGCUACAGAAGCAUUUGAAAAUCUUUAAGUUGAAGAGAAAGGUCGACAUUGAAGAUAUUAAUCAGAAACUCAGAUUAUGGGCCUUGAUCACAAAGAGUGAUGAUGUAAUUGAUACAAAUAUUAACUCUGAGAGUAACAUAAACGUAUAUAAAGACCCUCGACUAGCCGACCUUGGAUUUAGAGUGUUAUCAACUACUGACAUGGAUGGUGCCCAAAUAGCUGGAAAACUAUCCAAGGACAUUGCUGUUGAAAACACUGACACUGAGUAUCAAUAUUUAAGAUAUAAAUUGGGCGUCAGUGAAGGAUCAACCGAUCUCCCUCCUGGUACAUGUUUUCCCCUUGAAGUAAAUUGUGAUUACCUGCACGGAGUCAGCUUUCAUAAGGGUUGUUACAUUGGUCAAGAGUUAACAGCUCGAGUCCACCACACAGGUGUUGUUCGAAAAAGGAUAAUGCCUCUAAAAUUUAGUCAGAAAGUAGAAAAUGACUUGACUAAAGAUAGCAUUGUCUCUAGUAGCAGUAAUCCAAAAUCUAAUUUAGGGAAACUGAGAGGUUUUGUACAUGAUUAUGGUAUAGGCUUAGUUAGAAUCAAAGAGGUGCUUGAUGCUAAAACACUCAAUAUUGGCAAAUAUACAGCUGAAGUUUUUAAGCCUUCUUGGUGGCCUAUUGAAGCUCCUAGAGAAAAAGUUGCCACUAAAGUUGAACAAGAGUAAAACCUGUGAGAUUUUUUAUUCACAUAGUAAAAAUGGAAGAACCAAAAUCCAAAGAAGAGGCUGUACAGUUAAUUUAUGAUUUUAAAUGUGCAUCAUGCAAUCUUGAAGAGAAGGUACAUUACAAGGGGACAAGCCCACCAUUCUCCCGGAAUAUUGUGCUCAAAUACCCCGGUUAUGUAAUGAAAGACCCAUUCAGUCCAAAUGGCAAAGGAGAAAUUCUGGUUCUAGGUGCAGACUGUGCCAUAUGCAAUAAUGCUGUCUGUAUAAGUAAAGAAUGCAGUUUAUUUUAUUUAAAAACAUACUGUUUGAAUUGCGCAAGUAAUUUUGUAGACAAAUUCCCAGCAGAAAUUAGGUCAAAACUAGCACAAAUAAAAAAUGUUAAAUGAA